GCUGGCGGGCGCAUGCGCGAGGCGGCGGGUCCGUGCCCGAGGGCGCCGAGAGGGACCCGUUAGCGGCGGUUCCGGCCUCGGCCCGGCCAUGUCCAAGCGGCUGCGGAGCAGCGACGUCUGCGCGGACUGCAGCGCUCCGGACCCGUGCUGGGCGUCCAUAAACAGGGGGGUCUUGAUCUGCGAUGAGUGCUGCAGCGUCCACCGGAGCCUGGGCCGCCACAUCUCCCAAGUCAAGCACCUCAAGCACACGCCGUGGCCCCCGACGCUGCUGCAGAUGGUGGAGACCUUGUACAACAAUGGCGCGAACUCCAUCUGGGAGCACUCGUUGCUGGACCCUGCGUCAGUCAUGAGCGGAAGGCGCAAAGCAAACCCCCAGGACAAAGUGCACCCAAACAAAGCAGAGUUCAUCCGAGCAAAAUACCAGAUGUUGGCCUUCGUUCAUCGCUUGCCGUGUCGGGACGAUGACAGCGUCACCUCCAAAGACCUUAGCAAGCAACUGCAUUCCAGCGUCAGGACCGGGAACCUGGAGACGUGCCUGCGGCUGCUCUCUCUGGGAGCCCAGGCCAACUUUUUCCACCCGGAGAAAGGAAACACCCCGCUUCACGUGGCUGCCAAAACCGGUCAGAUUUUACAAGCUGAAUUGCUGGCCGUGUACGGGGCUGAUCCUGGCACGCAGGACUCCAGUGGGAAGACUCCAGUCGACUAUGCAAAGCAAGGCGGGUAUCACGAACUGGCAGAACGCCUGGUGGAAAUCCAGUAUGAGCUGACUGACAGGCUGGCCUUCUAUCUUUGUGGCCGAAGACCUGAUCACAAAAGUGGGCAGCAUUUCAUUAUACCUCAGAUGGCAGACAGCAGUUUAGAUCUGUCUGAACUCGCCAAGGCAGCCAAGAAGAAGCUUCAGUCGCUGAGCAACCACUUGUUCGAGGAGCUAGCCAUGGAUGUCUACGACGAGGUGGACAGGCGGGAGACAGAUGGAGUCUGGCUGGCUACUCAGAACCACAGCACACUGGUAACAGAGACGACAGUGGUCCCUUUUCUUCCUGUGAAUCCAGAGUAUUCCUCAACAAGGAACCAGGGGAGGCAGAAGCUGGCCCGCUUCAACGCCCACGAGUUCGCAACGCUCGUCAUCGACAUCCUAGGGGAUGCCAAACGGAGGCAGCAGGGGAACCCUGUCCCGAGUUCCAAAGAAAACGUUGAACUCAUCCUGAAGUCGAUCAGCAGCCAGCACAGUACGGAGAGUCAGGAGAACGACCAGCCCGACUAUGACAGCGUCGCCUCCGACGAGGAGGUGGAUCUUGGAACGAACAUGGCCAAGACGGCUCGCCAAAAGAGCCUGGACUCGGACUUGUCCGACGGACCGGUCACGGCACAGGAAUACUUGCAGGUUAAAAACGCCCUGGUGGCUUCGGAGGCGAAAAUCCAGCAGUUACUGAAGGUGAACGUCAACUUGAGCGAUGAGCUGAGGAUCAUGCAGAAGAAGCUUCAGACCCUGCAGAGCGAGAACUCGACCCUCCGAAGGCAGGCCACAACCAGUGCCUACCAGACGCAGUCUGGCUCUGAAUACGUAGACCCCGGCGGCCACUCCUCCUUGAAGCGCCGGCCCUCCGCACGUGGCAGCAGGCCCAUGUCGAUGUACGAGACGGGAUCAGGCCAGAAGCCCUACCUGCCCCUGGCCGAGGUCUCGUACCCCGAAGAGCACAUUGCAUCGCGGCUGCACCCUUUCCCUCCCCAUAUUGGGAGGAGUGGGUUGGUGACCACCAGCUCUUCAUCCAUGCCCUCCUUCCCCUCCAUGCUUUCCUGGUCGAGAGACGAAAGCACACAAAGGGCCUCCAAACUGGAAAAGCAGAGCAGUGUGCCCGAGGGAGACUACGACAACACCGUCCCCGGGCUGGAUCUGGAUGAGACGGGGUCCUCCCGGAAGGUCCGGCAGCGCAGCGCCCUCUGGCAGGGGGAGGGGCCCGUCCCCGAGGGCAAGGACUCCGACGCCGGCCUCAGCCUGCCAAGCACCGAGGACGUCAUCCGGAAGACAGAGCAGAUCACCAAGAACAUCCAGGAGCUUCUCCGGGCAGCACAGGAGAACAAGCACGACAGGCUGUUAGGCCGUGCCAGCGUGCCCAAGCUCAGGCACAGCCUGGGCUGUUUUGGUGCCCUGGUUCCGUGGGCCGAGCGAGCUUCCCUGCAGCCUCUGACCCUCCGGCAGCCCGACCCCAUCUCCUGUUACAUACCCUGCUCGGAAAGAAUCCACGUGGCAGUGACGGAGAUGGCCGACCUCUUUGCGAAAAAACCCAAAUCGGAGCUGGUGCGGCCCUCCCUGCGCCUGCUGACCGCCAGUGCCUACCGCCUGCAUUCUGAGUGCAAGAAGACGCUGCCGCCAGAGUCCUGCCCGACGGCCGACAUCCAGCUGGUCACCCAGCAGGUGAUCCAGUGCGCCUACGACAUUGCCAAGGCCGCCAAGCAGCUGGUCACCAUCACCACCAAGGAGAACAACAACUGAGGCCGCCGGAGGCAGCAGGGCCCACCGAGCCAGGGUGCCUCCACAGGUGGCUUGGGAACCCAGCGCGCUUUCAUAGGGAUACUUCGGGUGGCGCGUUACCAUUUCUAAAGGAACUUCAGUAUUAUUUUUUUGCAUGUUUUCUAAACAGUUAUUUCCCAGGAUUCAUGUAACCCACUGCCUUAUUUUGUGCCUGUAUUGCCAGUGUAGCGAGAGAGUGUGUGUGUGUUUUCCGAGCCCCGUCUUUGCACUGCCAGCUCUUGCAGGCUGCGGUGGGGGAGCAGGGGGAGAGUCGCAUCUGGAACUCUCGGCCCCAGUUCUGAACGCAGGCGCACACGCCAGAGGCUGGACACCCAGAGACUGUCGUGCAGCACCCGGACACCCCUCGAUCACGAAACCGCUCCUCCCACUAGCCUCUGCCCCCACCCCUGUAGUCAGUCUCCUUGGCCUCCCGAGACCACCUUUUAUGCAGGAGAAACCCUGGCUGGUCCUCUUCAAACAUGGGCAGCAGCCAUUUCUCCCAUCUGGCGUGCAGCCAGUAUGCCAGCUGAUUCUUCUGGGAGGCCGAAUUGACUGUAAGUGGACCUUCUGCACUUGGCCGUGGGCCGUGAGAGGUGUCUCUUUCUCUCUGUCCACUGCAAGAAAUCACUUUUGUCCUCCCAUCCCCCCCAAAUCUUGUUCCUUGUGGAGAAGGCAGCUUGCGGGAGAAACAGUCCAGCUGCGUGGCUGUGUGAAUGCCUGGAGGAAUCUUUAGUAGCCAACGGGGCUGCCCGCCCGCCCGCCUACCUGACUGCACACCUGUGAAUCGCCCAGGCCCGAAAGGACGUGGGCCCUCAGGCCUUUGAUAGUUCUCCAGGAUGUGCCCUGGUGGUGCUUCUGUGCAUGACGCAUCCUGGAAAACACAGGGCCCACGAUGUGGGUGCCGGCAAACAUCAACCCUCAACAGGAAUUUUUGUGUGUGCGCCAGUGGGGGAGGCUGAGGCUCCCUUGGAAAGCUCUGGUGUGGCUGCCGGCGGAAAGGGCUACAGGAGAUGCUUGGAGAACCUCUCCAAGGUCAGUGGAUGGGUUGCCUGUAGAGGAUGUUCAGAUGAUGGGUAUAAAAGUGAAGGGCCCUCUGGAAUGGCGGAAGGAGCAAGUGGGUUCCUUGGUCCCACUUAAAUCAAGGCUUGUGAGUCCUCUGCCUUGCCGGUGCGGUCUGUGGGUCUUAAACCCGGCUGGGGAUAGAGGCCGAAGUCUGCCAUGCCUCCACCCUUCUCCGCGGUGAAGCUCUUGACACUGAGCUGUGCCUAAGGCAUCUGUGACACUUCCCGUGGAAUGGAACCUGGCUAGGGUUGGUCAUCCCAGCAGAAAGCCUGCUUUUCCCCUCACGAGCCUCGCAGCAGUCAUUUGGUGCGGGGGGGGGGGGAUUCUGUAUUCCCAGGCAGAAGCUCAGCUGUGUGACUGAAUCGCUGGCCAAGGAAAGACUUUGAUCAGGAUAAACCCAAGACCCGUGAGAUGGGAAAUCCAGGAGGUGUGUGUGCGCGCAAUGCUCUCUCUAAGCUGUGGAGUCUUGUAAGCAAAAAUU